AGAGAAACUGUCCAAGGGCGACAUUUCAAGUACAACAUAAUACUCAAACGCUGAGUAGAACCUCGCUCAAACGUAGAUAUCGCAGUCUAGUGUUAAUUGUGAAAACGUUUUAAGUGUUUCAACAUAUCAAUUGCUAUUCAAGGAUUAGCAAUAUGUCACGAUCAUUUACACUUAAUCAAAAUAAGAGUCGCAAACGUGUUACAAUAGCAACUUUGCACGCAAGCACACCAAACAAAUGCAAUAUAUCCCCAAACCAGUGCAAUAUAACCUUAUCUGAGAUCAGCUCUUUCUCAAGUGAAGAAAAAGAUAGGAGAGUUUUAUUGAUGCAAAAUUUGACACAAAAGCACAAAAAACUUACGAAGGAAAAGAAAAGAAUAAACUUGAAACGGAUAUUGAAAGAUUCUGACAAUGAAUGGAAAAUUAAACAGAAAGAGUUAAUCAACGAAUCUUUAAAUGAGAAGAAAAAGAAAAACUUGGAAAAUGAGGAAAAAGCUGUUAAAAAAAGGCGAAUAGUGACUCAAGUAAAAGACAUAGAUAAUGAGUGGGAAACCGAAUCUGAAAAGCCCAUAAAUGAACUCUCAAUCGAUUCACAAAAAUCUAUUUUGAUAGACAAUUAUUGCGUAAAACUAUUUGAAAAUCCGUGUACACCGGAGAAAACUCGAGAGGCGCCAAAGGCGUAUGAAGAAAUUCUGCCCGAAUCACCAAUUUUAUCCUCCAGAAGAAGAACAUAUGUCAUUUCAAAAAAGAAUAACAUUAUACUGCAAAAUGAAUCUCUUCCGGUGAAUUUAUUACCGAUAGAAGUACCGAAUCCAGAACAGACAAAUGAAGAUGAAAUAAUAGUCGACAAUGCAGAAACAAAUGUUCCAUCACAGAAGUCGAAAGAGAGUCGAAAACAAUAUGAAAACUUGAGUUCUUCUAUAUGCUCCCCAGCAACGAUUGUUAUGCGUCGGAAUCCGACCGAUAAGUUAUAUCCUGGGAAGACAUUUCGAUUUCAAUAUUUUACCGCAUCAUCUUUUGACCGGACACCAAACAAGUUCGACUUUAAGCGAAAACUUCCUAAGGUUCCUAGGAAGAAAAAAAAUAUUUCGAUUUCUCCAGGGAUGUCAUGCAUUUCUAAAUACUGGGACAAAACUUUACAAAAAUGGAUAGAAAGACGGUAUGGAAAUGAUUCUAGUGAAGGUUCUAAAAAUGAUAAACACAAAACAAAGACUAAACAAAGAAAUAAGAAAAAACAGAAGAGGAAAAUGAUAGCGUUUCGACCUACAUUUAAACAAAAAUGUAAUGAUACAUCCGAUGACAAUUCUUUUCAAGAUCUCGAAAAUGGCACGACAAAGGCUAUUAAAAAAACCACGAAACCACAGAAGAAAAAAAAAUUUCUAUCUACACAGAAACAAAGAUAUGAUGUACAUGAUGUAUAUGGUACAUCAGAUGUAGAGUUCGAAACUGGUGGUCAAGAUGGUAAACGAAUAUCUUUUCGUGAAUUUUGUCAGAGACAAAAGAUAGAUAAAAACAUAUCUUCCAUGUAGAAAGAUUAAACGUACAUUUUUGUAGUUAUUUAUAUACUUAAGUAUAUUGCAAAUUUAUAUUUUUCUUAUAAAUCCUUAUCAAUCUUAUAUUUUUCUUGUAAAUUAAGAUUUAUUUUGUUGCAAGUUUAGAUUAGCUAAGAUAUCUAUAAUUAUUUAUAAUUAUCCAUAUUUCUGGAUUAUUAAGGGGAUCUGGGAGUGACAGAGUUACCGACAUUUUCUUGAGAAUUUGGAUUUUUGAAUUGGAAUAACAGAAUGCAAAAUGUUUUUACAGGAUUAAAGUACGCACAAAAUUGAAGGGGGCGACGUACGAUUUGUUCUGAUAAAUAAAUAAAAAUUGUAAUUUAUUAGUCACCUAACGACAAUAUUUGCUUUAUACGAAAAGGUAUAAUAAAAUAAUCGCGUCGACCUCCCUAGAAAAAUCCCUCUCAGGAAUAAUAUCGUGCAAUUAGAAAUAAGAUUAGAAACCUAAAAAAAAAAAA